CCUGGCUCCUCUUUAUCCCCUUGCCUUGUUCAACUCUCUCUUUCUCCCCCUCCUUCUACUGCGAAUAUCAUAUCCGAAGCUUUGGCUUCGACGACGAGGCUCACGGAAAUUAGAGAACCAUGAGGAAGCCUUGCUGCGACAAGCGGGACACCAACAAGGGGGCGUGGUCCAAGCAAGAGGACCAGAAGCUCAUCGAUUACAUUCAAAAGCACGGCGAGGGUAGCUGGCGAACUCUUCCUCAAGCCGCCGGUCUGCUCCGUUGCGGCAAGAGUUGCCGGCUGAGAUGGAUAAACUAUCUGAGGCCGGACCUCAAGAGAGGCAACUUCGCAGAGGAUGAGGAAGAUCUCAUCAUCAAACUUCAUGCACUCCUCGGCAACCGGUGGUCGCUUAUAGCUGGAAGGUUGCCGGGACGUACAGAUAACGAAGUCAAGAACUAUUGGAAUUCUCACCUAAGGAGGAAACUCCUAAAGAUGGGGAUUGACCCCAACAAUCACCGGUUGAACCAAAAUCUCCCUCGCUCUCAAACCCCGGAUGCCUCCGGCAGCACUUCCUCAUCCAGUAUGAAGACCAACAUGACCCUGGCCGAUAAAUCCUCCAGGAGUGCUGGUGAUCAUCCUGAGGUAUUUGAUGCGGAGAAUGUUUCGGGAGAUAUCCCGCGGGACUUGCCGGAUUUGAAUCUUGAUCUCACGAUUAGCGUCCCGUCUUCAUCACUUACUAAAGUUGAGGAGGAGGAGCAAAAUCCGUAUGCUUCCAAGGUAGCAACCAAGGUAGCAAGGGACAUCGAAAAUGCCGAAUCCCCCACUUUGCUUCUCUUUGCGUGAUGACUCAUUUGUCGCCCACCAAUUUCUAGAAAAUCAUGAAAGAGGUAAAAAGUGCAAAGGAAUACGCAUGAUGCGUGACUGCAGUUAGUACGCACGGACGAUUAAUCGCGUGACGCUCAAUGCCUUUUCCCAAGAGCUAGAAAGUCAAAUUUGUCGGAGAGUUAAAGCGACGAUGUAUGAAGAGGGAUCGAGGAAGAACGGGCUCGACCGGCCAAGAUAACCCAUGGCUUAUGCAAUUUGAGAGGGGGAAAACGGCACAUUUGUUGCUCAAUUAUCAUUGCAAGCGGAGCCUCGUGAAUGUCACCCUGCGUAACGGGCGGAGAUCGAGCGUCACCAUUCAAAAAUUACUUCCCCUCAAUCCUAGUAAAGUUGAGGACCGGAUUUCCGAGCUGGAGAAAUUCUAUUUCUUGUAAAUGUAUUGUUUCACCACAGAAAUAUAGCUGAGAAACUGUAAUCAUCAGCAUUUUUGUCGUUCUCCUUCUCCCUGUACGAUUUGUUGUUUGUGUAUUUAACACAAAAAAUUGUGAGUGUUA